AUCGAAGAUAGCGAGAAGUCUCUCUUUUUUCGCUACUUUUUUAUUUUUUGUUUCUCUUUCUUGUUUAUCUUCCACACUUCAAAGCAGCCUUUGAAAACCCUAGAACUCCUCGAAUUUCGUGCCUUUUGUUCUUCAGCAGCUUAAUUUUGACUAGAAUUAGCUCAGAUUUAUGCUAAUUAGAGAUGAAUUUCCUGUUUUGAAUUUAAAUCAGCUCUAUAAUUUUAAUUUAAUCGUGUCGUGAGUUUUUGGUUUCUGGAUCGGUUUUGUUUCGAGCUUUAAAAGGAUAAAACGAUGUCGUCUUUGAGCAGAGAAUUAGUAUUUCUCAUACUUCAGUUUCUUGAAGAGGAGAAAUUCAUGGAGUCCGUGCACAAACUUGAGAAGGACUCGGGGUUUUACUUCAACAUGAAGUACUUUGAGGAAAAAGUCCAGGCUGGAGAAUGGGAAGAAGUUGAAAAAUACUUAUCAGGAUUUACUAAAGUUGACGAUAACAGAUACUCCAUGAAAAUAUUCUUUGAAAUAAGGAAACAGAAAUAUCUUGAAGCACUUGAUCGACAGGAUAAGGCGAAGGCUGUUGAAAUUUUGGUGGGUGAUUUAAAAGUUUUUUCAACAUUUAAUGAGGAAUUAUACAAGGAGAUCACUCAACUCUUAACUCUUACCAAUUUCAGAGAAAAUGAGCAGCUAUCCAAAUAUGGGGAUACUAAAACAGCUCGAAGCAUAAUGUUGAUAGAGCUCAAGAAACUCAUAGAAGCAAAUCCUCUUUUCCGUGAUAAGCUUGCGUUUCCUACUCUAAAAUCAUCUAGAUUGAGGACUCUAAUUAAUCAAAGUUUAAACUGGCAGCACCAGUUAUGCAAGAACCCGAGACCAAACCCGGACAUUAAGACCCUAUUCAUAGACCAUACAUGCUCUCCUUCAAAUGGUCCUCUUGCUCCUACACCUGUCAACCUACCAAUUGCAGCCGUUACGAAGCCUUCUGCUUAUCCAUCUUUAGGGGCACAUGGCCCCUUUCCACCCUCUGCAGCUGCUGCUGCUAAUGCUGGUGCCUUAGCUGGUUGGAUGGCAAAUGCUUCUGCUUCUUCAUCUGUUCAAGCAGCUGUUGUCACUGCAUCCUCCAUGCCAGUUCCACAAAAUCAAGUUUCAGUCUUGAAACGGCCAAGAACACCACCAACCGCCCCGGGUAUGGUUGAUUAUCAGAGUCCUGACCAUGAACAACUAAUGAAACGCCUGCGACCUGCCCAGUCUAUUGAGGAGGUUACAUAUCCGACAUCUCGGCAACAGGCCUCUUGGUCUCUGGAUGACCUGCCAAGGAUGGUUGCUUUAACCAUGCAUCAAGGUUCAGCUGUCACAAGCAUGGAUUUUCAUCCUUCUCGUCAAACUUUACUUCUUGUUGGUUCUGCUAAUGGUGAAGUUACACUAUGGGAAUUAAUGCAACGAGAGAGGUUGGUUUCAAAGCCCUUUAAGGUUUGGGAAAUGACAGCCUGUUCGUUGCAGUUUCAGGCUUCCUUUGUCAAAGAUGCACCAGUUUCUGUCAACCGCGUUACUUGGAGUCCUGAUGGAAAUCUUGUGGGGGCUGCCUUUAAUAAGCAUUUGAUACACUUGUAUGGCUAUUCUGGGUCAAGUGAUCUACGCCAACAAUUAGAGAUUGAUGCCCAUGGUGGAGGUGUUAAUGACUUGGCUUUUGCUCAUCCAAACAAACAACUGUGUGUAGUGACCUGUGGAGAUGAUAAGCUAAUAAAGGUGUGGGAUUUGGGGGGACGGAAAAUGUUCAAUUUUGAAGGCCACGAGGCUCCGGUUUAUUCUAUAUGUCCUCACCACAAAGAAAGUAUCCAGUUCAUAUUCUCAACUGCUAUCGAUGGAAAAAUAAAGGCCUGGCUCUAUGAUAAUAUGGGAUCUAGAGUUGAUUAUGAUGCUCCAGGUCACUGGUGCACUACAAUGCUUUACAGUGCUGAUGGUAGUAGAUUGUUCUCUUGCGGAACGAGUAAAGAAGGAGAUUCUUUCUUAGUUGAAUGGAACGAAAGUGAAGGAGCAAUAAAGAGACAUUAUUCUGGAUUUAGAAAGAAAUCAACAGCAGGUGUAGUGCAGUUCGAUACCACACAAAACCACUUUUUGGCUGCAGGUGAAGAUGGACAAAUAAAGUAUUGGGAUAUGGAUAAUACCAAUGUACUUACCAGCAUUGAUGCAGAUGGUGGACUGCCGAGCCAUCCUCGCCUCAGAUUCAAUAAGGAAGGAAAUUUACUUGCUGUUACUACCGCAGACAGUGGAUUCAAGAUAAUUGCAAAUGCUGCUGGUCUCAGAGCAUUGAGAGUAGUAGAAACUCCAGGUUUUGAAGCAUUGAGAUUGCCUAUUGAAUCAGCUGCUAUCAAGGUUUCUGGUGCUUCUGGUGUUACAAAUAUUAAUCCAGUCAAUUUGAAAGUGGAAAGGAGCUCCCCUGUCAGGCCCUCUCCUCUUCUUAAUGGAGUUGAUCCCAUGAGUAGAAGCAUGGAAAAACCUAGAACUUUGGAAGAUGCAGUUGAUAAACCAAAGCCAUGGCAGUUAGCUGAAAUUGUGGAUCCUGGCGAUUGCCGACUAGUUACCUUACCCGACAGCACAGAUACUUCCAGCAAGGUUGUUAGACUUCUAUAUACAAACUCUGGUGUUGGAGUUUUGGCACUGGGGUCAAAUGGUAUUCAGAAGCUCUGGAAGUGGACACGCAACGAUCAGAAUCCAAGUGGAAAGGCCACUGCCAGCGCCGUUCCACAGCAUUGGCAACCAAACAGUGGUCUUCUUAUGGCCAAUGAUGUUGCAGGUGUUAACCUUGAAGAAGCAGUCCCGUGCAUUGCACUUUCAAAGAAUGAUUCAUAUGUAAUGUCAGCUGCGGGAGGAAAGGUUUCACUGUUUAACAUGAUGACAUUCAAGGUUAUGACAACAUUCAUGUCUCCUCCUCCUGCCUCAACCUUCCUAGCAUUCCAUCCUCAGGAUAAUAAUAUCAUAGCCAUUGGAAUGGAGGAUUCAACUAUCCACAUUUAUAAUGUUAGAGUUGAUGAGGUUAAAUCUAAACUGAAGGGUCAUCAUAAGAGAAUAACUGGUUUAGCCUUUUCCACCAAUCUUAAUAUUUUGGUUUCAUCAGGUGCGGAUGCUCAACUUUGUGUCUGGAGUAUCGACACAUGGGAGAAAAGGAAAUCAUUUACUAUUCAAAUUCCAGCAGGAAAGGCACCUACAGGCGACACCCGAGCACAGUUCCACUCCGAUCAGACCCGCUUACUUGUGGUUCACGAGUCUCAGUUAGCAGUAUAUGAUGCAUCCAAGAUGGAUCGCAUUAGGCAGUGGGUACCGCAAGAUACACUGUCUGCACCUUUAUCUUAUGCGGCAUACUCCUGCAAUAGCCAAUUAAUUUUUGCUACUUUUUGCGAUGGCAACGUUGGGGUGUUCGAUGCUGAUAGCCUGAGACUAAGGUGUCGUAUUGCUCCGUCAACAUACUUAUCUCAGGCAGUCCUUAAUGGAAGCCAAUCUGUUUACCCUCUUGUUGUGGCUACUCAUCCUCAUGAACCCAACCAAUUAGCCGUAGGAUUAACAGACGGAUCCGUAAAGGUGAUGGAACCUGCAGAAUCAGAGGGUAAAUGGGGAACAAGUCCGCCUGUGGAUAAUGGAAUGCUGAAUGGCCGGACGACAUCGUCGUCUACGACAAGUAACCAUACACCAGAUCAGUUACAGAGAUGAAAUUAAUUGUGUGCUGCUUAGGUUGCAUCUGUAAUUUACAGGCAUAGAAUUUAGGUUCCUAAUCCCUAAAUGUCCCUUAUCAAAGGUAAGUGUGGACAUGAAUGGUAGAUAUAUAUAAAUAUUUAUACUCAUUCUUGUAUACUAAUGUCUAGUUAGCAGUAGUCUCUGUUUUUUUUCUUCCUCCUUGAGUGAUAUGCUCUUUUAAAACAGUAAAUUGUAUUGAUAAUUUGUUGCUCCUUCAAAUAAAACUCAAUUCUGAUUGUGAUUA